AUGGAAAAGCUCGAUCGGAAAUCUUUCACCACCUCCAGGUCUCUGACAUACGUCUUUUAUGACUCUUCCCCCAUAACAAAAGAGCGGUCGGGUCUCAGCCCCGCUCUCCUGCUACUCCAUGGGUAUCCAGAUUCGGCGGAAAUAUGGUCUCAGGUUGUGCCAAAGCUGCUAUCAUAUGGCUACCGCAUCAUCAUACCGGAUCUCCUUGGCUAUGGUGAUACCGCCAAACCUGCAGAUCCAACGGCAUACAACUCCAAAUCUAUGGCUAUCGAUCUGGCCGAGAUACUGGCCGCGGAGGGCAUUACGCAUACCAUCGUCAUUGGCCACGACUGGGGCUCAUUUCUAGCGCAGCGCCUAUACUUCUGGGCUCCUGAGUGUGUCGCCGGCCUUGUCAUGCUGAAUGUCGCCUACUUCCCGCGCCUGGAGCGCGAUUUCAAUUUUGACCAAUUCAACGCGGCCGCUGAGCGCACCACGGGUCUCCUGCGCUGGAGUUACUGGGGUUUUUAUGCUUCUGAGGCCGCGUCUGCUAUCUGUUCUGCUCACGCAGACAGCUUGUGGUGCGUAAUUCACUCAGUGCGCGAAGAACUUCGCAGCAGCCUCUACGCUUCCAAAGGCGCCCUCCAAGCCUUUCUUGAAAACGACGAGAAGUGCCCAUCACGCGAUUAUCAUGUCGCAGGGAGGGAUUUGAAGAGAGAGUGGCUCGAGCGGAUGGAGAAGAAUGGAUUCGAGGGGCCACUCUGUUGGUACAAGGCCAUAGUAGGCGGUAUUACGCCAGCUGCGGAGAGUGAGCUCGAUCCCGAUCGUCUAGUCGUCAAAGUACCAGCCCUGUUCAUUGGCGCUGGUAAAGAUCAGCUUUGUUUGGCCAGUGCCAUUAGAGUCCCUUGGGCACAAGGGUUCUUACCCGAUUUGCAGAUCAAGCAACUGGAUAGUUUCCAUCGACCUAUGCUUGAGAUGCCUGAAAAUUUGGCUCGGUCUAUCAAACAUUGGCUUAUCAAGAAAUUUGGCUAA